CAAAAAUACCACACACAGAUCAAUCCUUCAACACUCACCCAAACCGCACGACGAUCUUACCACCUCUGCACACACCACCCCGUGCGCCAUGGCCUCGCAACGCCUGCGCCUCCUCGGCGCCCUGCUGGCUCUCGCCAUCCCGACCAUCCACCUACUCAGGCGCAUCACCGCCCGGCGGCGAAAACUAGCCUCGGCAGAACGCGUGCUCAUCCUGGGCGCGUCAAGCGGCGUCGGCCACGCCAUCGCCAGGCAGUACGCCCGCCGCGGCGCGAGGGUGUGCGUUGUCGCGAGGCGGGCGGACAAGAUCAGCGCCCUGGCAGCUGAGUGCAGCAGAAUCAUCACCAGCAGCGGCGGCGGCGGCGAUGGGGCCAACGGCGGCUGCAUCGGCGUGGCGGCCGACCUGAGCGUCGUCGAGGACAUGGUGCGGCUCCGGGAGACCAUCCACCGCGAGUGGGGCGGCCUGGACACGGUGCAUGUGUGUGCUGGCGUGUCGGCGCUGCAGCCCGUGAUGGCCCUCACCGGGGUUGAGGGGGAGCACGAGGAUGCUGCUGCCAAGGGGAUCCAGGAUGCCGUUGACAUCACUGCGAAGGCGGUCCAGGGCAAUCUCUAUGGGCCCAUGGUUGCUGCGCUGACAUUUAUCCCCAUGCUGACACGCACAUCUACCGCGCCCGCCAUCGUGCUCGUCUCUUCCCUGGCUGCUCUGGUGCCAGCACCGACCCGGGCUCUCUACGCCGCCACCAAGGCCUCAUCACUGCUCCUCUACCAGGCCAUGGCCAUAGAGCACCGGGACAUCGCUUUCACUUUCAUCAUACCAGCUACCAUCGAAGGCGACUUCCGCGCAUCAGCCGUCGACUCCGGCCCUGUGCGGGAGGCCGACCCAAACAAGCACGGGCUCAAGAUCGGCUACGUUGCAGCCCAGUGCAUCGGUGCCGUCGACAAUGGUGUGAGGGGCAACGUGAUCAUGCCUCGGGUCCCAUAUGUUUUUGCCCAUCACUUGUAUUACAUCUGGCCGUCGCUGAUUGAGAAACUGGCAGCGAGGAAGUACAAUUUCGUCUAUUGAAUUAGAUGGCAAAGAUAAUCUGCAUGCUCGGAUUGUACUUCUUGAGUUGACAGUUUCGACGUCCGUCAUGGUGGUCCAGGGGCUCAGAUUUGCCGCGGGCGAUGUGACAUUUCCCCGAUAGCCGCGUAUACAUAUAGCUUCAAAUGUUGGCUACCGACUUAUAGAGGGCUUGAUUCAUAAUCAACAAUAUCCAGGCCGAAUUACGCACUUUCAGCAUACACCUGCUCGGCGCAAUGUCGCAAAGCCUGCAAGAGCACACGUAUGACCCGGCCGCUCCGAGUCCUGUUUCUCUGGGCGUCAGACCAGCAUAAUAAGGCUGCAACUCCUCAGAUUAUGCGCCGUGCACGGAACGUGAGGUGUUCUUGCUGUUGGGUCUACCUAAACCUUAUUAUUGGCAAUGCUGGGCUCUUGCAUCUAUAGUAGUGCAAUAUAACUCUCCGGCGGCGAGAAGUGGCAUCAUAAACCGAGAGAGACCCAGUGGUCACGUUCAGUCCCAGUGAAUGAUCAAGGUACAUGCACAUCAUGGUUGAGAACAUUCAAAUGUUG